UGCUGAGAUACAGGUGGCAAAAUUUGAUUAGUUAUCUGGGCUUCAAUCUUUGCAAGCUCGACGCAGACGAUUAUAGGACCGUUGGGGGAGAAGAUGAACGAGACCUGUAACGGCUACUUACCAUUCAAAAAAAAAAAAUAUAGCCGAUACAAUAACAAUAAGAAGGGACCCCAUCCAAAAUAUAUCAAAUCAAUAAUACAUUUGUUUUUCCCCAAAUUCCGAUUAAACAUUUCAUUUACAACUCCAAAUUUCAACUUCAUUUUCAGUUACCUACCUAAUAUUCGCUUCUGCGCUUCUCUGCAAAAUUUCUCAGGCUUUUUCGUCGAAUAUAGUUCUAGUAUUCGAUCAUGGAUCUUGGCUGCUUAGACAUGGGUUGCAUCUCCAUAUCAGAUAAAAUAUCUGCUCUUGACUCUGAUUACAAGGAAAACGACGCCGCUGAACCACUUACGGCCACUUCAAAGAUUGGAAAGAAUAAGCAUUCGAAAGAGAAUUGGCAAUCAACUAUGGGUUCCCUUAACAAAUUCACCUCACAAAUUAAGAAGCCUGGUCAUCGAAAAGCUUCGCCUAUCAAUUGGUUCCCCCGCAAAAAAUCCGACUCCUACUUAGAUAGAAAAAUUAAAAUGCUGCAGGAAGUAUCUGGCAUGAAUUUGACACUUGAUGAAACUCUAGGUGAUUCUAAUCCACACUACUCAAAGGUACUGAAAGAAAAAAUGGCUGCUAAAGAAGCUGCAAAUAAGGCAAUUGAGGCUCGAAAAGCUGCACUGGUGGAAGCAUCUUGGUGUCGGAUACUUAAAGCUGCUAGGAUCCAUUGUAAAGAAGCUGAAGCACAAUUGGAAAAAGCGGAAAAGACUGCAGCUGAAGCAUUUGAAGCAGCCUUAGCAGUAGGAGUAAUCAUGUACGACAUACCAAACUGCCCUCAGAAGACUUGUCAUGUAGAAACCUCUUCUUCAAGAGAAGGAUCAACCACUCAUGCUGUUACAGCUUCUUUUGAAACUGCAUUUGAGGUUGAUAUUGAAGUAGCUUCAGCGGUAAAAACUGCAUUAGUGAACCUUGCUAACUGCCCUUCCAUUAAGAAAGAUGAAUUCAAAGAUCUACUACGAAAAAUCAGUCAGAACCCAGAUACUAAUGAGAAUGACGAGGUACAGUCCGAAUCUUCUCCAAAAAGUGAAUCUAAUUCUGGAUCAAAACUUGAAACAGUAUCCGGAAAAGAUGGUCUUAUAUCUCAAGACUUGGAUCGCAAGACGCCAAUUUCAAAGUUGAGGCAGAGGAAAAUUAAGAAAAGACAAUCACCUGAAAAGCUUAGCAUGACAAAGCUUGUGAACAUGAUGUUUGAUAGGCUUCAGAGAUUGCAAGAAAAUGAACUUUCUUCUCUUGCCAUUAUAGUUGCAACUUGUGGUUUAAAUGCUGCCUUAACUGAAAUACAAAAUAAUAAGCAGCAUGACUCAGUUUCUGCUGCCAAUUCUGGUAUAGGAUUGCAGCGAAGACUGUCUUCUUGGGGAGCCGGAAAGCUUGAAACGUUUAAGGAUGGGAAUACCAAAAGAAAGCAAGUAGAACAAGAACUCCCAAGUUUGGACAAGCUUUUAGUUAAACACGUGACUAAACUUGAAAGAGAAGUGCAGGAAGCCAGGAAUAACAGACAAAACGCUUCCAAUGACGGUAUAGUGGAACAUUCUGUCAGUAUUUCUGUUGAGAAAGUUGAUUCAAAUAAUAGUGAAACUUCAUCAGAGACCAUGAAAGAUCUGGGAAUGACGCAUUCUUCAAAGUCUGUAAAUGAAAAAAGUUUAGCAGAAGACUAUAAAAUGGGCAACAAGAGUUCACGUAAAUAUACAACUUCGUCCGAAGUCAUUCCAGACCUGGGAAGUAUGCUCAUUAAGCGUUCUUCAAAACUUGAAAAGGAAGUUGAAGAAGCAAGGAGAAACUGCAGCAGAAAAAUGGAAGCACCGAACAAAGCAGCUAUUAGUCACGUAAAAGAAGAUAUCACCGAACUCCCCAGUCUAGAUAAGUUCUUAGUGAAACAUGUAUCAAGACUAGAAAAAGAGGUCCAAGAAGCAAAGAACAGAAGAAAAAAUGACGUGCAUGAAGGAAGUAGCACAACAAAUCUGACAUUAAACUCUUCUGAUUCAGUCACAGUACAGUUGGAGAGAAGUUCUAAUCUUGAUUCUGAUGAAGGGCUAAUGGAGAAAGAAAAUGUUGACUUAAAUAAGGAAGCUGAAGUGAGCUCGGAGCGAAAUGAAGUUGAUCCUUCAUUACAGAUUGGAAAACUAAUUCCAAUACAUCAAAGUACGAAGGCUCCAACUACAGAGACUGAAGAUGGGUUAGACAAGAUAAUGGUCAAAGCUGUGCACAGGCUGGAAAGGGAAAAGAUGCUCCAAGCCUUGGCAAACAACAAUAGAUAUGAUAAACGCCAGAAGAAACAUAGAGGAAAUAUUGUCACAGAGUGCGAAAGCUUGGACAACGUAUUGAUAAAGCAUGUUUCCAGACUUGAGAAAGAGAAAAUGAAGCUUGUUUCAGAGGAAGAUGCAUCCAUGAAAGUGAUGAAAGUCAAGGCAAAUGUGAAUCCAAAAACGGAGGAAGCUGGCGAUUUGGACCAAAUAAUGGUUAAACAUAAAUCAAGACUGGAAAGGGAAAAGUUGAACGCGGCCCAGAAACCACAAGAAGACCAUAUUAAAAGCUUUGUCUCUCGUAGAGAAGCAAGGGAGAAGAAGUUAAACGAAGCAUGGGAAGGGUUGAGUUUAGGCAACUCCAUGAGGCCACAUUUAUCCAAACUUGAACGAGACAAGGCUGCUUGGAUGAAAGCUGAAGAAGAAGAAAGAAAGGAAGCAAAGCCUUCUACAGAUUAGUGCUGAAGUAAUAUGUAUGUUGUGUAUGUAUAUACAUUUUUUUUUUGUCUUUUAGAGCCUUGUGAUGUAAUUUUUACUAAUACUUUUACACUCGUAAUGAGAUUCUUAUUAAUAAUUGUGCUGUGAUUUUACUA